AUGGCCUCGAGACAAGCUCCCCGCGCUCUCCGCAACGUCGCCAGGCAAUUGGCUGCCGCUCCUGCCCAGAAGCGCACCUUUGUCUCGGCCAUCAACGCUGCUUCGCGUGCUGCCCCCAAGGCCGCUAUCUCUGUCCAGUUCCAGCAGACCCGCGGCCUCAAGACCGUCGACUUCGCCGGCCACAAGGAGACCGUCUACGAGCGCGCUGACUGGCCCAAGGAGAAGCUUCUUGAGUACUUCAAGAACGACACCCUCGCCCUCAUCGGCUACGGCUCGCAGGGUCACGGCCAGGGUCUCAACCUCCGCGAUAACGGCCUCAACGUCAUCGUCGGUGUCCGAAAGAACGGCACCUCGUGGAAGGAGGCCGAGGCCGACGGCUGGGUCCCCGGAAAGAACCUGUUCGACAUUGACGAGGCCAUUGGCAAGUCCACCAUCGUCAUGAACUUGCUCUCCGACGCCGCCCAGUCCGAGACGUGGCCGCAGAUCAAGCCCCAGCUGAAGGGAAAGACCCUCUACUUCUCACACGGCUUCUCGCCCGUCUUCAAGGACCUUACCAAGGUCGAGGUCCCCACCGAUAUCGACGUCAUCCUCGUCGCCCCCAAGGGCUCCGGCCGCACCGUCCGCACCCUCUUCCGUGAGGGCCGCGGCAUCAACUCCUCUGUCGCCGUCUUCCAGGACGUCACUGGCAAGGCUGAGGAGAAGGCCGUUGCCCUUGGUGUCGCUGUCGGCUCCGGCUACCUCUACAAAACCACCUUCGAGAAGGAGGUCUACUCGGACCUGUACGGCGAGCGCGGCUGCCUGAUGGGUGGCAUUCACGGCAUGUUCCUCGCCCAGUACGAGGUUCUCCGCGAGCGCGGCCACUCGCCCUCCGAGGCCUUCAACGAGACCGUUGAGGAGGCCACCCAGUCCCUCUACCCCCUCAUCGGCGCCAACGGCAUGGACUACAUGUACAACGCGUGCUCCACAACCGCCCGCCGCGGCGCCCUCGACUGGCAGAAGCGCUUCAAGGACGCCCUCAAGCCCGUUUUCAACGACCUGUACACGGCCGUCGCCGACGGCACCGAGACCAAGCGCUCGCUCGAGUACAACUCGCAGCCCGACUACCGCGAGAAGUACGCCGCCGAGCUUAAGGAGAUCGACGACCUCGAGAUCUGGCGCGCUGGAAAGGCUGUCCGCUCGCUUCGCCCCGAGAACCAGUAG